UCUUUUGUCGGUUGUCCAGGUUUUUAGGCAUGGAUUCAGGACACCAAUAAUAUUCUACCCAACUGACCCUUAUCAAGAUAAGAAAUAUUGGAACGGACUAGGACCAGGUGAACUAACAGAUUCUGGAAAAAUACAACUACACAACUUGGGAUCCUAUUUCCGGAAAAUGUAUCAUGAUUUUUUACCACAAACUUACAACGAGAGCAGCAUUCUCAUAAAAUCCGACAAAAACAAAAGAAAUAUCCUAUCUGCGAUUGCAUUCAUGCAAGGACUUUAUCCAAACUUGGACCGCAAUAUAUCAAUAGAUAUAUCUGAUUGGUCCGUUUUGGGAACUUUGGUCAGUUGCCUAAAAUUUGACUUUCAUUACAUCGUGACAGAAACCACCGACAAAUAUUUUCGAGAAGUGAAUAAAGAAAAUAGAGAAACGUACAGGUAUAUCAGGAGACACACACUGAUGCCAACGUAUGAGCUUUUAACGGCUUUUACCGUAUGGGAUACUCUUUACGUGGAGUCACUGGUUAAUUUAAAGUUACCGGAAUGGACGCAAAAAGUAUUCCCAGAAGCACUGGCUGAAGUUUCAAAAAAUAUGGCGUUGUCGAUUUGCUACACCGAAAAAGAACAAAUAAUCGGGGCUGGACCGUUUCUGAAUGAACUGAUACAACACUUCGAUUGCAUAGUACAAAAUUGUUCCAGCAAACGAGAAAUCGUUCUUUACAGUGGGCACGACGUGAACAUCGCAUGUUUUUUGAAUACUUUCGGAGUUUUCGAAACAUUAUCACCGGAAAUGCCUCCCUUCGCCAGUUCUCUGAUAUUUGAAAUGCGAAAAAUUGAAGACAGUCACAUUAUCAAUGGAUACUACAAACCGCAAGAUGAAAUGAUUCCUAUCAAGUUCAGGGGUUGUGGAUAUGACUGUGCUUUAGAAGACUUCAGAUAUAUUUUCAGAAACGUAGUGAUAAAUAAAAGAAAGUGGUUAUGGAAGUGUUUUGCAAUUUAAGGAAAUGACCAACUGUCAAUAACAUUUAUUUUCAUUUCUUUCACACGUUUUUUUUUCUUCUUUUUCAGUAACCCAAAAAAGGUGUCAUGUUCACGAACAGUUGUGAUUGAAAACAAUACAACUGAUACUAGUUUCGAAUCAUCUGAGAAAAAUCAAUCAUCACCCGACGAAUACUGUGGAUACAAUCGAAACGUCGUGAAAUCACUCGGAUUGGAAAUCAUUUAUUGUUGAUGAAAUAUGAUUUUACAACCUACACCAA